AUGGUUUCAGAUCUUAAUUCUGUACCUGACAGGAAAACAAGCUGGUUGAGACCGCCAGUCACAGUCAAUGCUUAUUACUCACCAACAAGAAAUGAUGUCAUUUUCCCCAUUGCAAUGUUUCAUCUGCCAUUUUACAUUCCAGACGGACCAAGUGCCGUUAACUUUGGAGCUAUGGGCUCAAUAAUUGGACAUGAGAUUACACAUGCUUUUGACUUGCAAGGGCGCCAGUAUGAUGGUCAAGGCAAGUUGUCUGAUUGGUGGAACGAACAGACUGUUCAAAACUUCCUGUUGACAACAACUUGUAUGAAAGACCAGUAUAGCAACAUCAAGAUAAGGGGGGUCAAGAUUGAUGGCAAUUUUACCCUGGAUGAAAACAUUGCAGACAACAGUGGGCUAAGAGCAGCUAUGUAUGCCUACCAGAUGUGGAUAGAAGAGUUUGGUGAAGAAUUACAGCUUCCUGGUGUUAAUAUGAGCAUGUAUCAGGUGUUUUAUACAAGCUUCGCUCAGAUGUACUGCAGCAAAUGGACAGAUUAUGGUCUGUUUUACCAUCUCCUAACAGAUCCACACAGUCCAGGAUCAGCCAGAGUGAAUGGAGCUCUUUCAAACAGUCAGACAUUCAGCUGGACAUUUCAGUGUCCGCUAGACAGCAAGAUGAAUCCUCGAGUUAAGUGUGAAGUUUGGUGA